GAGCUUGGGUAAUCACAAACCGUGACUUUUGGGGACCAACACAACAAUAAUUCUAAUGACCAGUGGUCUGGUAUAUAUUUGCAAUGCCACAAAGCCCAUGCACCACACUAUGACAUUUUACUAUUUUAGUACUCAUAAGUCAAAUCAAGCUCUAUAACUUCUCUUACUUUUUUUUCAUUCUUUGUUCAUUUUGCUCUCUUUUUGGUUCAACUCCUUUGCAAGAUCAAACCCUCAUGAUUGAGGGAAAGAAACCCGCGAAUUCUGUUGGUGGCAAAAUGGUAAGGGCAUGUGACCGUUGCGUAAGAAAGCAGGCUCGAUGGUAUUGUGCUGCUGACGACGCUUUCCUUUGUCAAAGUUGUGAUGCCUCCAUACACGGGGCUAACCAUUUCGGUGGUCAGCAUGAGAGGGUCCUUCUCCAGACUGGACCCUCUAAACCUUUUGGUUCAGGUGAACCUGAACCAACCUGGCACCAGGGGUUCACUCGUCGUGCGCGCACUCCACGAAAACGGGCUAAAUCCUCUUUCAAGGUAGAAGGAAAGAAGACCACAAUAAACUCUUCAGUUUCUUUAGUUCCUGAGAUAGGUAGUUCAGAUGCAUCAUUGCUCGAUGAUGAUGAAGAAGUAGAACAACAACAACGUCUUUUGUAUUGUGUUCCGGUCUUUGAUGCUUUUGAAACUGAAUUAUGCAAUGAAUCUAAUGAAAUAGGUAGGAGCUUGCCUUUUAUGGUGGAUAACAACCAAGAAGAUCAAACAUGUCAUUUGGAUGAUCUUCAUGGGUUUGGUCAUCCAACAGAUGAUAAUUUGGAGCUCAUGGAAUUUGCUGCCGAUGUUGAAAGCUUCUUAGGAAAGGAGUUUGAUAAUACAUCAUGUAAGAUUGAAGAUUUGGGGUUAACUAACAACUAUAAAGAAGAAGAUGAUACUAAAAAUAUAGAAACUUGCUUUGAUGAAAAUAAAGUGAAAGUUGAAGAUAAAGAAGUGGAAGAAAUUUUAGGUUUUGAUUUUGAUGCAACUAGGGAAACACUAGAUUGGGACUUUGAUUAUGAGUCCACAAUGAUGAUCAAAGAAGAGGAGAUGAAAGUGGUGGCAGGUAUCGAGAGGGAGCAUACAAUGACGGUGUUAAGCGAUCAAUGUAAUGAAAAGAAGGUGAGAACAUCAAGCAUGAUUUUGCGGAUAAAUUAUGAAGAUGUGAUCAAUACUUGGGGUGACCAAGGCUCUCCUUGGACAAACGGAAUCCGCCCAGAACUCAACUCGGAUGGUUACUGGCCUGAUUUCAUGGGGUCGCAAUGUGCGUGGAAUACCAAUCCGUCAUAUGGAGGUGUUGGGAGAUGUGGUGGAGGAAGAGAAGCAAGAGUCUCAAGGUAUAGAGAGAAAAGAAGAUCACGCUUAUUUUCGAAGAAGAUAAGGUAUGAAGUGAGAAAACUAAAUGCAGAGAAAAGGCCAAGAAUGAAAGGGAGAUUUGUGAAAAGAGGGACCUUUGAAGAACCUCCUUCAACUUCUUGUUUCCCAACUUAUCUUAUCAAGACCAACUAGUACUAAAUCCAUCAACAAACAAACUUUGUUCAGUAAUUUGUUGCAUACUUUUGGACAACCAACUUCCUGAUUUUGCUUCUUUGUAUUUUCAUCUGAUGUAUAUGAUAAUAAUGACGCACAUAUAGUUGCAAUUUGAGUUGCAUGCACUUUAUUACUUUAAUGAAAAUCCAAUCAAACUUGAUGCUCCU